ACAAGAUGGCUGAGCUGAAUUUGGGGAAGGGGCUGACUGCGGGGAAAGUGGCCAGCAACGUUCAGAAAAAACUAACCAGAGCCCAAGAAAAGGUUCUACAGAAGCUUGGCAAAGCAGACGAGACCAAAGAUGUUGCUUUUGAGGAGGGAGUCAUCAACUUCAACAAACAAUAUACUGAAGGCAGCAAACUCCAGAGGGACCUACGAGCCUACCUGGAGGCAGUGAAAGCCAUGCACGAGUCCUCCAAGAACCUGCAGUCGUGUCUGGCUGACAUGUAUGAACCAGAGUGGUACGGCAAGAACGAAGUGGAUUCCAUUGUGGAGGACUGCGAUGUGCUUUGGGAUGAUUACCACCAGAAGUUGGUUGAUCAUGCGCUCAUCUCCAUGGAUACCUACCUGGGCCAGUUCCCGGAUAUCAAGGCUCGUAUAGCUAAGAGGGACAGGAAGUUGGUGGAUUUCGACAGUGCCAGGCAUACCUAUGCUGCUACACACAAGACCAAGAAAAAGGACGGGGGCAUUAAAAUUACCAAGCCUUCCUCCUUGUUGGAAAGGGCCACUCCGGGUUGGGCUCAGGGUAUCCUGUCUGCACACAACGUUGCCCAAAGCAGUCUCUCCAGGAGCCAGGCUGAGGAGGAGUUGGAAAGAGCCCAGAAGGUGUUUGAGGAGAUUAAUAUUGACUUGCAAGAGGAGUUACCUUCACUCUGGAACAGUCGUGUUGGGUUUUACGUCAGCACCUUCCAGAGUUUGGCUGGUUUUGAGGAGAAGUUUCACAAGGAAAUGAGUCGGUUGGAUCAGGAUUUGAAUGACGUCUUGGUGAAGCUGGAGGGAUCAGAUCCAAACAGAAAGACAGGUAACCGCGGCACCUCGUCGUCAGGAGCAAACAGGAGUGAGAGAGAGGCAUCUAACCACACUCUCAGGCCAGGAGGACCACCGCCAAUCCCCAAAUCCCCGUCCAAGCUAAGACCAGCAGUGCCUCCUCCACCCAAGGUGACCCCAUCCAAGGAGCUGAAAACAGAGAACAUCAUCAACCUGUUUGAUUCUGCGGCAACUCCUGAUAUCAGCGUCACCUCACCUACAGAGUUUGACAGUCCUGCAGUGAGCAGCCUGUUGGACAUGGACCUGGACUCUUUCAGUGCAGCAACCAACCAGCAAACCACACAGCCUGCGAACUGGGACUCAUGGCCUGAGGACGGCGGUGCCCAGGAAGAAGAGCCCGAGCAGCACUAUGACCCUGUGGCUGCUGCUACAGAUGCCUGGGGGGAUGAUGGUACGCAGCCUGUCCGCUAUGACCCCAUAGCAGCUGCCACAGAGGGCUGGGGGGAUGAUGGUACCAAACCGGUCCGCUAUGACCCUGUGGCUGCGGCUCAGGAGGAAUGGGGGGACGACGAGAGUCAGCCGCCUCAGUACGACCCCGUGACCGAAGCCCAGGAGACCUGGGAUGAUGAGGGAAGCCAGCCAGUCACAGAGGUGCCCGCCACGGAGGACGAAGCACCUGCAGACGAGGCUCCGGCUGACACGGCCGAGGAGGAGGUCACCCCAGCUGCUGCUGAGCUGGAUGGUGAAGAGGGUCAGGGUGAAUCUGCAGCAGCUGCUGCUGCACCAGAAGAGGAAGAACCAGCGACGGAGGAGACACCUGAAGUAGCAGAAGAACCAACAGAAGUAGCACCAGAACCUGCAGAAAUGCCUCCCGGCUUCCUUUUCAAGGUCCAGGUGAUGCACGACUACGCUGCCAACGACACGGAUGAACUGGAGAUGAAGGCUGGCGACGUGGUGCUAGUAAUCACCUUUGACAACCCUGACGAACAGGAUGACGGCUGGCUGAUGGGAAUAAAGGAGGCCGAGUGGCAGCAAGAGAAAGAAAACGCCGCCAAAGGAGUAUUUCCCGAAAACUUCACCCAGAGGCUGUAAAAAAGAGCAGGACAGGACGUCACUCCAGCUUCCUUCUCUGCGUCUCUAUUCCUCUUGCCUAUAUCCUUUUCCCCCCUCUCUUGCCCUGAUACUGUAUCUUUACUAGGACUUUGGCCAUAGAAGCAGAGCUGUCACAGCCCUGGAGGAAAUCAUGCAUUUCUAAGGUCUGCUACACUGUGCUCAAAGUGGAUUUUGGCAUUUCUGUGGAUUUCUGCCAACAUUUACAAAAAAACAAAACAAAAACGACAGAUGUAACCAUUUCACAGGUCUCACUUUUACGCUGUUUGUCUUUGCUAUUGUUGCUAAACCAUACUUGAGGAGUCGAGAAUCCCGGUCAUACGGGGCAGAUGCAGGGACGGUGACCUCUGCAAUGGUUACAACUGAAGA